ACAAAUUCGGCGUUGUUAUAUGCUCAUUAUUAUUUUAGAAAUGACGCCGUGAACUGCUGUGGGCCCAAGCCGGCAACAAGGGCCUUGCACUAGAAUGGCCUCGACCGAGCCCGAGCUGCCGUUUGAUGUGCUGCAGUCACGUUAUGCAGACGAUGAUGAUGAAGAUGUAGCUCUAGCUCAAAAUGUAGCUGCGCAGCCGCCGGCUGUGAACCCGGCGCCUGCCGGCGCGAACGGUGCCUUGGCUGCGGACCCGGCCGCUGGGAUAAUAGAGUCUGACGAAGACGAGGAUGACGGCGAGGAUGAAGGCGAGGUCGUGCUGGCGGAAGAGGACGAGGACGUGGAGGACGAGGACGAGUUAGCAGAGGCGCUGGAGUGGGCCGACAUGCGUGAUGACAUGAUGGGGCGGGGUAACAACGCCAUCAACUACCACGCCGGGCUGCUGCGGAGGCCCAACGCCGCCGGUGGCGCCGCGAACCGCCAGGCGCAGGCGCCAAAGAACUCUAACAUGCAUCGGCUAGAUAGCCACCUCAACACCGGGCGGAUGGGCGGCGGCGGCGGGGGAGGCGGCGGCGGGCACGGGGGCGCGAUGCUGGAUGACCCGAUGGACGCCCUGCACGGCGUGUCGGCCGGCGUGUCGUCCCGUGUGGCCAACACGGUGCGCUCCAACGCCAUGCGCGAGGCGGGCGCGCAGCGCAUCGCCUCCAAGGACAAGUCCGACCGCGCCACGGUGGAGCAGGCCAUCGACCCGCGCACGCGCAUGGUGCUGUUCAAGAUGCUGAACCGCGGGCUGUUUAGUGAGAUCAACGGCUGCGUGAGCACGGGCAAAGAGGCCAACGUGUACCACGCCAGCGGGCCGGACGGGCGGGACAUGGCCAUCAAGAUCUACAAGACCUCCAUCCUGGUGUUCAAGGACCGAGACAGGUACGUGUCGGGCGACUACCGCUUCCGCAACGGCUACUGCAAGUCCAACCCGCGCAAGAUGGUCAAGAUGUGGGCGGAGAAGGAGAUGCGCAACCUGAUGCGCCUGCGGGCGGCCGGCAUCAACUCGCCGGCGCCGCUGCAACUGCGCAUGCACGUGCUAGUCAUGGAGUUCAUCGGCGACGACGGCGUGGCUGCGCCGCGGCUGCGUGACGCCGGCCUCCCGCAGCCGCGCCUGCGCACCGCAUACACGGAGAUGCUGCUGGUGAUGCGCAAGCUGUUCCAGAAGUGCAGGCUGGUGCACGCCGACUUGUCCGAGUACAACAUCCUGUACCACAAGGGCGAGCUGUACAUCAUCGACGUGAGCCAGUCGGUGGACCUGGACCACCCCAAGGCGCUGGACUUCCUUCGCGAGGACUGCAAGCACGUCAACGACUACUUCCGGCGCGCGGGCGUUGCCACGCUCACGGUGCGCGAGACGUUUGACUUUGUUGUGGACCCCGCCAUCAACGACGACAACGUGGACGCCGCGCUGGAGCGGCUGAGCGACGUGGCGGCCAGCCGUCCCAUCAACGUGGCUCCCGAGGAGGAGGUGGCGGAAGCAGUGUUCCACCAGGCCUUCAUCCCGCGCUGCCUGGAGGAGGUGGUCAACUUUGAGCGCGACCACGCGCGGCUGCAGGCGGGCGGCAAGGAGACCGAGGGCAUCUACUUCCAGGCCAUCACAGGCAUGCGGUACGACGGCUCGGGGGCACGCGCCAAGCCAGCGGCCGGCGGCGAUGACGAGGACGACGAGGAGGAGGGCGAGGCCAAAGCCACUGCCGUGCCAUCCAAGUCCAAGAAGGCGGCUAAGGGUCGCGCGCCGGCCUUGUCAGAGUCGGCUGCCGCCACAGCCACUGCGGCUGCUGUUGGCGCGGCUGGGGUUGCAGGGGCGGCGACCGAGACGUUCCUCAUUCCCACGGCCGGCAACGCCGACGGCGCGGCCAGCGAUGGGGGCGAGGGCGAGAGCGGGAGCGAAGAUGAGGACGAUGAUGAAGACGACAGCGAUGAUGAGGGCGAGGAGGGCGGCGCAGACAAGGACGCGCUCAAAGCGGCUCGCAAGGCGAACAAGAAGGCGGUGAAGGAAGCAAACCGGGAGAAGCGGAAAACCAAGGUGCCCAAGCAUGUGAAGAAAGCCAAGACGAAAGGCGGGAACAAAAAGAAGUAGAGCGGUGUCGAGGGUCGUGCGUGUGGUGGACAUGAUUGUAUGGGUGUGUUUCUGUGCGUGUGUUGUUGGAUGCAUGCACCUGCAUGUGGCAGCGGGCACUGGUAUGGCGAGUGGCGGCGUGUUUGACAAGUGUGUUCACAUGUGAUGUUGGACCGAUGAAACAAGUGCAAGCAGACAAACUCUUGACAUGCAGGUUUGAUGACGCAACACUGUUUAAUAUUAGCGCAGGAGUGCAAGCUUGGACUAUCAGGCGGAGGUACAAAGUUUGGGCGGCAGGCUGGUAACACAGACAAGGACAGACAGGUGCUGUUGGUGCGCAAGUAGGCAUGCGGCGGCGUAUGGUUUGUUGUGCCUGCACCGCCGCAGUGCUAGUUUGCAUAGUGCCAUAUAUCUACAGAGGGUACUAGGAUGUCGAUGGUACUCGCGGUGGGUGCGCUGGGGUUGACACGCUGUCGAAUUGAUGCAAACAUCCGCGCGACACACUCGCGAGACGGUUGGAUUCCUGGCUCAAAUUAUUGUGUAGUCUCAGCCUCCGUGCAUACCCGAUGCACACGCGUGUAAUAGACUGGUACC